AGGAAAAAAAAACUAAAGCAAAUCCCAACAUUACUUGAAACUAACGAGUUGGUUUAUGUUUGCGGGAUUAUUACAGAAGAACUAAAUGUUAGAACCGGCAUCAGCAUUCACGAAUCAGCUUUGCUGGACUUUAACAGCAUGUAUAAAAUAUUAAUUGAAUGUCUCUGGAAAACCGGAAAAGUCAAGGAAUGCUUGAUAUACUCGGAGUCCUUUUUGCAUUUUUCCAUGCAAAGUUACUUUCAUGAAUUAAAUGGAUUAUGGAUAGAUUCUAUUUCGUUUUCUUUAUCUUAUAUUGAAUACAUUAUUACAACCCAGGGAAAUGAAAUGGUUGAUGCACUUAAAGGAAAUCUUUCGAGACUUGUCCAAGAUAUUAUAAAUAUACUUUCAUGCUUAUUAGAUGAAGAUGUGGAAAAAAAAACAAAAACAUCCGAUGAAAUAAAAGUGAGGUCAUCUUGGACCAUUUUGUACAAUAUUUUACUGCGGGAAGAUCAGAUAAAUCACAAUUUGAUCGACAUUCCUGAUGAAGAAGCCAGAUUACCAGCUUCAUUCAGAUUGCUGUUUACUGCACAUCAGUAUAUGGGAAGAAGCCAAUCCUGCACGCUUGAUAACGGCGAAUUUCUCCAGUUCAUUCUUAGAUCGAUUAUACCGGAACUGCAUGCUCCAAUGUAUGAUUCGUGCAGAAAUCAUGUCUUGGAGUACAUUGAACAGGUAAUAUAUUUAUGUCAACAAAACCUCGGAAACCUUGCUUGUAUUUUUCUAGAUGAUUAUCAGUAUAUUAUUUAUACUUAA